CUUCCACAUUUCCUUUUCCAGUCGUCGGUGUUUACAAACACGGCUCAAUAUGCACUUAUUUAAUAGUAUUCAACCCCAAACCCGAUAUUAUUCUAGUAUAAUAAUUUUCUUAGUAGUUAGUAUUUCACCAUAUAGCGCUGACAGUGACACAAUUUUAAAAUUUUCCGAAAAAGACUUCAUAAAAUACAGAGGUCGUGUUAUUAAUAUGUUUAACCAUGCAUAUGAAGGCUACCUGAAACAUGCCUAUCCAUAUGAUGAACUUCAACCUUUGACCUGCAAUGGGCACGAUACUUGGGGAAGUUAUUCGUUGACGUUGAUUGAUGCGCUCGACACGCUGAUCAUCAUGGGAAACAACUCUGAGUUCCGCCGCAUUGCGCAGGUGCUCAUCGAUAACUCGGCAGAUUUGUUCGACCUCGACAUCAAUGCGUCCGUGUUUGAAACUAAUAUCAGAGUUGUGGGUGGUUUGCUGUCGGCUCAUUUGUUCCAGCUCCGAGCUGGGAUGGUGCUUGAACCGGGGUGGCCAUGUUCUGGACCACUGCUACGCAUGGCAGAGAAUAUAGCGAGAAAGCUUCUUCCAGCAUUUGACACCCCGACUGGUAUGCCAUACGGGACAGUAAACCUUCGCCAUGGAGUUCCUCGAGGGGAGACAACUGUGACAUGCACCGCUGGUGUGGGGACGUUUAUUAUAGAGUUUGGUUCUCUGAGCCGACUCACCGGGGAUCCGGUCUUCGAAAAGGUGGCAAUGAGAGCUCUCCGGGCAUUGUGGGAUGCUCGGUCGGAACUGGGACUCGUUGGUAACCAUGUGGACGUGUCAGACGGGAAAUGGACGGCACUAGAUUCGGGAGUCGGUGGCGGAAUAGACUCGUACUUUGAGUAUCUCGUUAAAGGGUCGAUCAUGUUUCAAAUCCCAGAACUGCUGCAGAUGUACCGAGAAUACGAGAAGAUAAUCGAGAAACAUCUGAAGCGAGACGACUGGUACAUGUGGGCCCACAUGAAAAAAGGGGGAAUAACUCUUCCUCUGUUCACAUCACUCGACUGUUACCUGCCUGGUAUUCAGUGUCUUCUUGGGGAUAUUGAUAAAGCGAUGAAAACAAUCCACAACUUUCACCAGGUGUGGAAGCAGUAUGGUUUUACACCUGAGUAUUACAACAUUCCAAAGUCAGAAGUCCACCACAACAGAGAGGGUUAUCCCCUUCGUCCAGAGCUGAUAGAGAGUGUCGUGUAUUUAUAUCAAGCUACCAAGGAUCCGUAUUUGCUGGAGAUCGGUAUCGACAUCCUCGAGUCUAUAGAACACAGUGCCAAGACAUCAUGCGGCUAUGCAACAAUCAAGGAUGUGCGUGAUCACCGGCUGGAGGACCGGAUGGAGUCGUUCUUCCUGGCGGAGACGGCCAAGUAUCUGUACCUGCUGUUUGACAAGGACAACUUCCUGCACAACGCAGGGGGGCGCGGCACCAUCAUCAACACGCCCAGCGGGGAGUGCAUCAUCGACACUGGGGGCUACAUCUUCAACACGGAGGCCCACCCCCUGGAUCUGGCCGCGGUCCACUGCUGCAGUGCCAAGAAGAAGGAGGAGGGUCACAUCCUGCAGACGUUCCACGACAACCUCAACCUCCUCGAACUACUCGAUAUCACACCGCUCAAACAGGCAGCCAGGCUCGGGCACAGGCUGAAGACGAAGAAACAACCGAGGACUGAGAGUCAUGGAGAUGGGCGACCAUUAGAUGUAGCUGUAGGGGAGGCACAGACAGAUUCACAGAGUGACAAUAAAGAUCAGGUGGAUGGACAGACAAUAGAUGUAUCUGUGAAAGAUACACAGACAGAUUCACAGAGUGACAGUAAAGAUCAGGAGGUCGACAAGUCGGCAGAUCCUAAUAUUAUUGUUACAAAGGGAGAUUCGUCAGAUCACGAAGGUACACAAGGUGUACCAGAAAGUGGUACGCAAGGUGUACCAGGAGAAGAAAAAGCUGUAAAUGUUCUUCCCAAUGUUCCAAAUGCUUCAAUAAAACCUGUGACUGUGAUGAAAGAGACUCUGGUUAAAACGCCCAACCUUAACGAGAACCCGGCGAAAAUCAUCAUCAGACAUGACAAGACUCACAGUCAACGCAGAACGCUGAUCAAGCUGGAGGAGAAGACAACUCCUGUAGGGGGCAGCACUCGCGGCCGGCUCGGUCUGGCCAGUCAGCUGAUGGACAUGCUGGCGAGCCUGACGUCAUCAUCGGCGGACACGAACACGACACAGCACCCCAGCACCUACCACCUGUACCAGGUGAUGAGGCAGUACUCGCUCAACUACUCCACACUCCCUGAACUCUUCCACUGCCCAGCACAGCCAUUCCACAUGCGCAUGUCCGUUCUUGGAGAAAUGUUCGAAUAUCCGUUAAAUAUAUAAAAUUGUUAUUUAUUUUAUACUCUUGCUAUGGCGAUGUUUUUAUUUGUAGUCACAACAAGCACUUGAUGUUCUACCUCUAACUUACAGACUACAUGUAUUGCAGGUAUGUGUGUAGGAAUGUAUGCAGGGGCAGGUCUAGACUUUCACAUGGGAAGUUUCUAGGGGUGGUUGAGCCAUGUUUCCCUGGAGCUUGAGCGAGAGAUGGUGGGGUGAUGCAGGGUUGAUGCACCAGUAACGAUCUGUGAUCUGUGACGAAUUGUAAUAAAUUCAACAUGCAUACAACCA